UUUCUCAAAUGCCAUUUAACAUCUGUCGACAACUGAAUGACACGAGCGAGAUAAGACGGCAAAACUAACUAAAGUACAUCACGAAUAUCGGUGAACUUUGAUUUACAAUCAUGAUUUCGCAGAAUUGAACGAAUGCUUCAAGAAAGAAGAAAGCGGGGACGCGAAAAAGCCGCGUGCAUGGAUCUCACAUAGCUACAUCCAUCAUCCCACGCGCGCUGUUCUCCAGGCAAAAUCCAACAUGAUUCGCGUAAUGAAACUGUUCGCGGCGAGGUUUUAAUGGAGGUGGAAGGUGAAUCUCCUGACAGCGAGCUUGAGUUUUAGUCGCCGUUAGUUACAGAUGUACAACAUUGCUCCUCAUCGCAGAGUUCGCAUGGCUCCAGUUGGAGACACCAGAGCUUGGAGAGACAUGUGCGGUCUUUAGCAGCAAUAAUCGCGGGCAGGGAACCAGUCUGGAGGGUUGAUAAAAGCAAUAAAUCCACACUGAACAUAAGUGACCCGUCGCGCUAUGAGAAACUUCAGGGAAAGCGCUUCACCGGCGACCGCGUGGAUAAUACGACGCCUCGUAAUGUUCUAAAGUGGAGCCUUUCUGAUAAACAGGAACUUUUUUGGAUUUAACAUCGACACAGUCGCGGAGAUGACAAUAAAACAGGACGACAUUGCGCCAUCACCUGUUAUCUGAACACUGUGAUUAGUUCUCACAAAAGCACUGAAUCUUUAUUGCCUUUGGACCUGCUUUCAAUACAUUCCGGCGUUGGACAUGGAGACUAGUCAGUUACGGACAGUAGACGGGUUGAUUUCUUAAUGUGCAAGAAUACAUAGCCAUAUCGUUUUUAUUCCUCUUAACACAUUGCGUUCGGUACAUCUAUUAAUUUUGCACUAUGAUGGAACCGCCACCUUGCUCUAAAAAGAGCCUGUCUCUUUCGCUGCCGGUUCCCCGGGAGGGACAGGCGACCCUCAAGCCUCCCCAGCAUUUGUGGAGACAGCCACGGACCCCCAUCAAAAUCAAACAUCGCGGUUACUCUGACACCGACCGACAUCACCACCGACAGAUAGAGCGCUCGAAUGCCAUGGACACGAGUGACCGGCCGGGGCUCAAGAAGUCCCGCAUGUCCUGGCCAUCGUCGUUCCACGGAACCACCAGCGCGUCCAUAAGCAACUGCGCUGGGAGUAAGCGCUAUGAUGGGGAGAAUGGGCCCUCUCCUGGCCGCAGCCCUAUGGAUUCGCAGGCGAGUCCUGGGCUGGUGCUCCAUCCCCCCUUCCCUCAGAGCCAGAGAAGGGAAUCUUUUCUCUACCGCUCUGACUCUGACUACGACAUGUCCCCCAAGACCAUGUCACGAAACUCCUCAAUCAACAGCGAGGGUCAUGCUGAAGAUCUCAUAGUCACCCCUUUUGCUCAGGUGUUGGCUAGUCUGCGAACUGUCAGAAGCAACUUCACCAUUCUCGCCAACGUCACGACUCCCACUAACAAGAGGUCACCAGUGACCAGCCAACCAACGGUUCCCCCAGCAACGCUCUCAGAUGAGACAUACCAGCAGCUGGCUCGGGAGACUCUGGAUGAACUUGACUGGUGUUUGGACCAGCUGGAGACCAUUCAGACCCACCGCUCUGUUAGCGAGAUGGCUUCCAACAAGUUCAAGAGGAUGUUAAACAGGGAACUGUCUCAUCUGUCUGAGAUGAGCCGCUCUGGGAAUCAGGUGUCUGAAUACAUCUCCACUACGUUCCUAGACAAGCAGAAUGAGGUGGAGAUUCCCUCUCCUACGCUUCGGGAGCGAGAUAAACCAAUGUCUCACAUCAGCGGAGUCAAGAAGCUUACACAUAGCUCGAGCCUCACUAGUGCAGCCCUGCCCCGCUUCGGGGUCAAAACCGAGCAGGAGGACGCACUGGCUAGGGAGCUGAAUGAUUUAAACAAGUGGGGCCUUAAUAUCUUCCAUGUGGCAGAGUACUCUAAUAACAGACCUCUAAGUUGCAUGAUGUUUGCUAUCUUCCAGGAAAGGGAUCUAUUGAAGACAUUUGGGAUCCCAGUGGAUACGUUUAUCACCUAUGUAAUGACACUGGAAGACCACUACCAUGCCAACGUGGCCUAUCACAACAGCCUGCAUGCCGCUGAUGUCACACAGUCAACACAUGUGCUGCUCUCCACACCGGCACUGGACGCUGUUUUCACUGAUCUUGAAAUCCUGGCUGCAUUGUUCGCUGCUGCCAUUCAUGAUGUAGACCACCCUGGAGUUUCCAACCAGUUCCUCAUCAACACCAACUCAGAAUUGGCAUUAAUGUACAACGAUGAAUCUGUACUGGAGAACCACCACCUGGCUGUAGGCUUCAAGCUUCUGCAUGAGGAGAACUGUGACAUCUUUCAGAACCUCACCAAACGGCAACGGCAGAGUCUGCGCAAGCUGGUCAUUGACAUGGUUCUGGCAACAGACAUGUCAAAGCAUAUGAGCUUGCUGGCAGAUCUUAAGACAAUGGUGGAGACCAAGAAAGUGACCAGUUCAGGAGUGCUGAUGCUGGAUCAUUAUAAUGACCGAAUACAGGUCCUGAGGAACAUGGUGCACUGUGCUGACCUUAGUAACCCAACGAAGCCCCUGGCAGUGUACAGGCAGUGGACUGAGCGCAUUAUGGAGGAGUUCUUCCGGCAGGGUGAUAAAGAGCGAGAGCGUGGGAUGGAAAUCAGCCCCAUGUGUGACAAACACACUGCGUCUGUGGAAAAGAGUCAGGUGGGCUUUAUCGAUUAUAUUGUGCAUCCCCUGUGGGAGACCUGGGGGGACCUGGUCCACCCUGAUGCUCAGGAAAUUUUGGACACCCUUGAGGACAACCGGGACUGGUACCAAAGCACCAUUCCCCAGAGCCCGUCACCACCGCCUGACGGCCCAGAUAACGAGCUUGAAUCCUGCACGAGCAAAUUCCAGUUUCAGCUCACCCUGGAGGGAGAAACAGGACAGGUCGGUUCUCCCAGUCAUAACCACAUAGGCAACCAUGGUCAGGAGGCAAACAAAGAAGACGAGGAGGCGGUGGAGGCUGAGGAGGACGAGGCAGAAGAAAAAAUGGAGGAUGGGGAGGAGGUGACAGAGGCAGUGGUCGAGAGGUCGGGGCGGAGGAGACUGCAGGUUCAGUCAGUAGUCGAGGAGGAGGACGAGAGACAGUCUGAUGAGAGCCCUGUAGAGGAGACGGAAGAGGAGAAGUCGUCCUCUCCUACCGAUGACACGUAAUACGUGCGACUCAAGGAACAGCUGUCCGGCC